GGGACGUGUUGAGAAGUUCGCCAGGUGGGGGGCGGGCCGCGUUGCACCCGCUCCCAACUAACCCACGCGCGGCGCCCACCGUUUCCUCCAUUUCUCCCUCUCUCCCUCCCCUGCCUGCCUCGUCGUCUUCUCUUCUCCUGCCCAGCGCCGCGCCUUCCCCCAUCCGCCCGCCCGCUCGCCCGCUCACCCGCCGCAGCUUGCUUAUUCGCCUCUCGCCUCGCCCGUCUCCACCGGCUGGACCGCCGGCCGCCGCCGUUCGUCGUGCCCGAUACCGGCCGAUCUUCGAUCGCAGGUGCUAGAAACUGUUCAGGCUGAACUCAUCAGUGGAAGCUGCAUUGAGUGUUUUAUCGCAGACCUAAAAAGUGAUUAACUGACCUAUCAGGUUGAGAAUUGUGAGAGACGUGAUGUCUUUCGUUGCGCAAGCAGACCCAUCAACUUCCUGUGCCGAGAGUCCUUACAUCCAUAAAUUUGGGCCACAGGGCUCAGGUUUCUCUGCACAAAGAUUUGCCUCUGGUACAGAAUUGCCUCGUCAUGGACCUCAACCAUAUAAUGCUGAGGGCUACAGACAGUCUAGUUUCAAUGGAGCACCGCCUCCUGUAUUUCAGAACUCAUUUUACAACGAACAAGUUGCACCAACUCCAUAUUGUGUAACUGCUAAUGGCCAAACUCUUGCCACAACCCUGGAUAGCCAUUUUGAAUCUCAUUUUAAUGCAGCAACAUGUUCUCCAGCAAUCUCUAAUAUAUCUCAGCAGAACUCUCAAUCCUUAUCAGAGAAUCAGAGCUCCGAUCUUGAAGUAGAGUUUGAUGAAGAUGAGAUCAGACUAAAGCUUCAGGAGCUUGAGCAUGCUUUACUUGAUGAUGAUGAUGAGGUCUUUUCUGAUUUGUCAGGAAGCAUUAACGAUGAGUGGAAUGAUAGCAAGAACAACAAUGAAUGGUCUAAUACCAUGAAGAAUAUCAUGCAUCUGGACUCUCCAAAAGAGUCAUCACCGGAAUCAAGCCUUAGUUGUCCAGACAGCAACAAUGGAGAAGCGCGGGACCGAAAACAGUUGCUCUUUGACUGUGCUGAAGCAAUAUCUGAAUAUAGCAUAGAUGAAGCACAAUCAAUCAUAAGAGAACUACGACAGAAGGUAGCAAUUCAGGGAGAUCCUUCUCAGAGAAUUGCGGCCUAUCUUGUGGAGAGCCUUGCUGCCACAAUACAGUCUUCAGGAAAAGGAAUCUACAGGGCCCUGAGGUGCAAGGAGGCCCCUACUCUGUACCAGCUUUCAGCGAUGCAGAUCCUGUUUGAAAUCUGCCCAUGCUUCAGGCUAGGUUUCAUGGCCGCUAACUAUGCUAUUCUUGAAGCCUGCAAAGAAGAUGAGAUUGUUCACAUCAUUGACUUUGACAUCAACCAGGGUAGCCAGUACAUAACGCUGAUACAGUUGCUACAAAAUAACAGUAAUAAGCCACUCCAUUUGAGGAUAACUGGUGUUGAUGACCCAGAGUCAGUACACAGGACUGUUGGAGGACUGAAGGUUGUGGGGCAGCGACUAGAAAAGCUUGCAGAGGACUGUGAGGUAUCAUUUGAGUUUAGGGCAGUGGCUGCUGACAUUGGGGAUGUGACGCCCGGAAUGCUGAAUUGCCGUCCCGGAGAGGCCCUCAUUGUUAACUUUGCAUUCCUGCUGCAUCACCUUCCCGAUGAAAGUGUUUCCAUUGUGAACGAAAGGGACCAGCUUCUCCGUUUGGUGAAGGGUCUCCAACCAAAACUAGUGAUGUUGGUCGAGCAGGAUGCAAAUACUAAUACUACCCCAUUCCUUACAAGGUUUCGUGAGGUCUACGACUAUUACUCGGCACUUUUUGAUUCACUGGAUUCUACACUUCCAAGGGAAAGCCCAGAUAGAAUGAAUGUGGAGAGGCAGUGCCUCGCACGAGAAAUUGUCAACAUCUUGGCCUGUGAAGGUCCUGACCGUGUGGAAAGGUAUGAAGUGGCUGGGAAAUGGAGAGCCAGAAUGGCAAUGGCCGGCUUUGUGCCCUCUCCUUUUAAUAGCAAUGUUAUUGAUGGUAUAAGAUCUCUACUGAAAUCGUACUGUGAUAAGUACAGAUUCGAGAAGAUCCACGAUGGACUCCAUUUUGGCUGGGGCGACAAGACACUUGUCGUCUCAUCGGCAUGGCAAUAGAAGCUCGAUUUAGCACUUCUGCAUUUUUGGAGCUCCUGGUGUAAGGGCUGUAAAAAGGUGUCUAUCACCGUAUUUUUAACCUAUGAUAUAUUCAUAUCUAACAUGCUACUUAUAGACUUAUUGAGAUGUACCUAGUUUCUUAGGAGAAAUAUUUUGUGCUGUACACACUUAUGUAUUGUCAUUGUGGUGUAGUUUUUCCCUUCUUUUAGAGGGGUAGAUCACAACAUAUCGACAUUGUUUAAUGUAUAAAGUUCUGUAUGUUUGCUCUAGUAGCAGACAGGAUAGGCAACAAAAAUUGCGUCACUUUGGGGCAUGGCUAUGCCAAUUGAAUUGACGAUGUAUAUGCACACAGAAGUAUCAGCUA